AUGGACAGUGCCGCAAUCAGCUCCCAACCCCAUGCCGGGAGCCAGAAAGAUCAUGAGAUGGAGAAAGAAGACAUAUUUGGAUGCUCCUUUACUAACGACAUUCUUAAGAUGAUGUUUGUCUCCGGAGAGACAGCAGAGCCGUCCCCUGAGACUACCACUUUGAUUGAAGAGAUUACCCGACAACAAGUGAUAGAAAUUCUUACCCGCAGCACCGCAUUGGCAACCCGCCGUGGAGUUCGCUCGAUCUCUACUGACGACCUAAUUUUCCUGAUUCGCCACGAUAAGGCUAAGGUAUCCCGUCUGCGAACCUUCCUGUCCUGGAAGGAUGUCCGCAAGAAUGUCAAGGAUUCCGACGACAAGGGUGGUGGUGACGCCGCCGACUUUGCUGCCGCUGACGAUGCAGCUGGUGUUGUUGCAGGCCCCGCAGACGUGGCCCCCAAGCCCAAGAACAAGCGCGCCAAGGUCGGACUUGCGUGGGAUGUCAACAGUUUCUACUCCGUCCAGGUCCCCGAGCGUGAAGAUGAAGAGGAUGAAGAAGAAGAGGAGCAGAACUACGCAACCCUCCAGCGUCUUGCCGCCGCCGAUGAACGCACCCGCCACAUGACACGGGAGGAGUAUGUAUUCUGGUCCGAGUGUCGUCAGGCUUCCUUCACCUACCGCAAGAGCAAGCGAUUCCGCGAGUGGGCAGGCUUCGGCAUCGUGACCGAAUCCAAGCCAAACGAUGACAUUGUUGACAUCCUCGGAUUCCUUACCUUCGAGAUCGUCCAGACUCUGACGGAGGAGGCACUCAAAGUCAAGGAGCGCGAAGACAACGAGAAGCACCGUCGCGGAGGUGCCGAAGCCGGUGAGAACAUGAAAAAGCGGAAGCGCGAGACUGGCCUGUUCGACCCACCCGAGGAGGGGCGCACUCCCAUUGAGCCACGACACGUUCGUGAGGCCUAUCGCAAGCUGCAGGCUACUCCCCAAAAGGCCAAAGCUAUGCUGUUGCACAAUGGCCGUGUUCCUUGCCGUUUCCCUCUUGCUUUGAUUUAA